AUGGAGGACAGUGUGGAUUGUUUUUUGGGGGAUUUGCUGUCUCCGGCAGCUGAUAUCCAGUGUCUGCAGCUCCCUCAGGGCAUUCUCAAAAUUACAAUGGUUCAUCACUGGAUCUUUCAGCAGCUGCUAUGGUUAUCUCAGUCUCCUGAUCCAGACUUCAUAGAAAACCUGUGGGGUGAACUAAAGAGGAGAUUUCACAAGAGAAUACCCUUUUUCAAAGUGUUAGGACAGCUGGUCUCUGAUGCUGGUGACCUAGACUAUGUGCCACAGGACAAAGAUGCAAUUGAGGGUGUGUCUGUGAAUCCAUCUCGCCUAGAUGAAGAAGACUUCUUUGAUGACACAGAAGACUUAUUUGAGUCCUCUGAAGAGGAAACUCAGACUCAGUCUAAAAAAUUGAGUCCUCCGUGGGUAAACAAAAUGGUGGAGGAGAAGCAGAUUGUGCAGUUGGGACAAACGGUCCUCCUGCCGUGUCCCGUACAAAGUGACCCUCCGCCCCUGUUAAUCUGGAUAAAGGACGGCUGGACCGUCAACUCAGCAUGGAGCCGUUUCCGCAUCUUGAAACAUGGCCUCAAGAUCAAAAAUGUAGAGGAGAAAGAUGCCGGAGUCUAUGUGUGCCAGGCUGCUAACGGCUUUGGCAGCGUCUCUCUUAACUUCACCCUCAUGGUCAUUGAUCCCUCGUCGACACAAGGACACGUUGGCCCGGCCGGAAGUGACGGUGAACACGCACCAGAGUUGGGUGGUAAAUGCUUAAAGCCCCGGUUUAGCCAAUCCACAAAGAUGCAGCGUCGUUUUCGGGAGCAGCCAGUUGGCAGCUCAAUGCGCCUGAACUGCAUGGCUACCGGGAACCCGGCUCCAUGUAUUAGCUGGUGGAAGGACCAGGAGCAGCUACCUUCUCCGACCCGAAACAAACGGCCACAGUGGACGCUCACUAUAAAAAACCUACAGCCGCAGGACAGCGCCCGCUACACCUGCCGCGUGUUCAAUGCCGUCGGCCACAUCAAUUACACCUAUAAGGUGGAUGUUAUUGAGCGUACAAACACCAAGCCUGUGCUAACCGGCACACACCCGCUCAACACAACAGUGGAGCUGGGAGGCACAGCCUUGUUUCAGUGUAAGGUCCACAGUGAUGUGAAGCCAGUCAUCCAGUGGCUGAAACGUCUCGAGCCAGGCACAGAGCUGCGCUACAACACCACACUGGAGGUCGGAGGUCAACACUUUAUGGUGUUGCCCCCUGGAGAGGUGUGGUCCCGUCCCGAUGGCUCAUAUCUUAACAAGUUAGCUAUUGUCAAAGCACGAGAUGAGGACGCCGGCAUGUACAUCUGUCUUGGAGCAAACACCAUGGGCUUCAGUUUUCGGAGUGCUUACCUCACUGUGCUCCCAGAUACACAGGUAGAGAAGCCAGUUUCUCCAGCACACCUGAGCUCUGGUUUGCCAUGGCCUCUGAUCAUUGGUAUUCCAGCAGCGGCUUUGCUCAUGGUUGGCACCAUCGUGUUGUGGUUGUGUCACAGUCGCCUUAGGAACAGCGCUCUACCCCCAAGGCCCAUGUCCUACAGAGAACAUCACGGCCCGAACAAAGAUCCCGGCAUUCCCAGCCAGGCCAGCCCUGAUCUCCCCACGCGCAGACUCAUGGGAAUGGGAGCCUCAAGCCUCGGCAGGCCCCCAAAGACUUACUCUAAGGUCUUCACAGACAUUCAAACGCACACACAUACACACACGCAUGCACACGUGGAGGGGAAAGUGCACCAGCAUUUCCACUACCAGUGCUAA